GGAAGUGGAAGGUCCUCAAGCUUUUAUUAUUAUGUAGCAUCGCCUGGGUGACUGUUGUAAUGACCCGACUACAUAGGAGAAGGCGACCUCACCCUGCUGCUGCCGGACAUGUGACUCCCCCAAAAGACGCUUAGAGUUCACCAUCACUUCCACCCUCGAACACUUACAUCUGAGAAUUUGGGAUGGACAUGGCCAGCAGUCACCUGUGCCAGGAGGUCCUGAAACUAACCCUGGAGAUCAUCUACCUCCUGACUGGAGAGGGCUACACCAUAGUGAAGAAGGCAGAAGAAGCCAUCACCAUCCCUCCGCUGACCUCAGUGAUACAAAAGGAGAAUUAUGAUAAAAAGAUUCUACAACUCACCAACCAAAUCACUCAGCUGAUCUCUGGAGAGGUUCCUCUACGAUGUGAGGAUGUAACGGUUUAUUUCUCCAUGGAGGAGUGGGACUAUGUAGAAGAACACAAGAGUGUGUACAAGGACAUCCUGAUAGAUGGGGACCAGCUCUCACCAUUGGGUGAACUUUGCAGCAAAAACUACAUAGAAGAUUAUGCAAUUGUAUCUUCUGACUAUACGUGGGAAGGUGAAGAAACAGUACAAGAAUUUAAAGAAGAAAACCUCAAUAUCCCACUUUCCACCACCGCGGCAGAGUCCUUAGAUUCUCAUGAACACUUCAGACCUUCUCUUGAUACAUCAGACAGUGAUGGACUGUUCACACCUCCCGAGCCUAAUGAAUGCAUCAUCCAGAACCCAACAGUUAUAUCCCAGGAAGCGCUUUUUACCUUGAAUAAGAACUUUCCCUGUCCAGAAUGUGAGAAAUGUUUUAAACACAAAAAUAGUCUUUCGAUACACAUUAAAACCCACACGGGGGAAAGGUCAUUGUCUUGUUCUGAAUGUGGGAAAAGCUUCAUCCACAGGCGGAGUCUCCUGGAUCACCGAAGAAUCCACACUGGGGAGAAGCCGUUUCCAUGUUCAGAGUGUGGAAAGUGCUUUAGACAUAAAGUCGGUCUUCUAAGCCACCAGAGAACUCACACGGGGGAGAAGCCAUAUGGGUGUUCAGAGUGCGGGAAAUUUUUUGCAGGGAAAACGGCUCGUAAUCGUCAUCAGCGAGCGCAUACUGGAGAGAAGCCAUUUUUGUGUUUUGAUUGCGGAGCAAGUUACACGCGAAAAGAGUAUCUGACUGAGCAUCAGAAAAUUCAUUCCGGUGAAAGACCAUUUUCAUGUUCUUAUUGUGAGAAGAGUUUCACCCAUAAAUUCACUCUUACCCAACAUGAGUGCAUUUGUCCUGCAAAGAAAUCCUCCCAACAAGACAAGAAAACUACAGAGAAUCGUGAAAUUGUGUCUCCUGAACUUUUAAAUGACAAUAAAGCAAUCGCACAGGAAUUUAAAGAAGAAAUCCCCAGUAUCCCCCUACUCUACGCAGCUACAUUUACUUCCGAUUUGUACUGGAGGUCUCCAUCGGAUAUUAUUGACCACAUCCCUCAUAGUGCUGAAUUGCUGGUGCACCCUAAAUCCGAUGAAUGUGUCCUCCCGACUCCAACCUUUAUCUCUGAGAACACGGUUCACACUGUUAAAAAGGCCUUUCCAUGUCCUGAAUGCCAAAAAUGCUUCAAACUGAAGAAAAGCCUUUCUAUACAUAUGAAAACCCACACCGGGGAGAGACCGCUCGUGUGCUCCGAAUGUGGCAAGAGCUUCAUCCAUAAGCGGAGUCUCCUGGAUCACCGAAGGAUUCACACCGGGGAGAAGCCGUUUCCUUGUUCCGAGUGUGGAAAAUGCUUCAGACACAAAGUUGGUCUUCUAAGCCACCGGAGAACCCACACCGGGGAGAAGCCGUAUGGGUGCUCGGAGUGUGGGAAACAUUUUGCCGGGAAAACGUCUCUUAUUUGCCACCAGAGAACUCACACGGGAGAGAAGCCUUUUUCGUGUUCAGACUGUGGCGUGAAUUUCUCGCGGAAAGAAUACGUUAAUGAGCAUCAGAAAAUUCAUACUGGGGAAAAACCAUUUUCCUGCUCCUACUGCGGGAAUAGCUUCACUCAUAAAUCCUCUCUCCUUCACCAUCAGUUUAUUUGCCCGGCAAAGAAUAUCCUUCUAUGACAGAAGAUAGUUUUGUGAUGGACUUUAUGUAUACAGUAUUAUUUGUAUCUGAAACUGCGACAGAGGGUUUUACGCACUGCAUGAUAUUAGUUAAAGGGGUUGUCCACUUUCUUGCUACUUGUGACCAAUGUGUAUGUAUGAUGACUAUAUCGCAAUUACUCAUAUAGCCAAUGUUGAUAUUCUGUGUCGU